CGCGGAGAAGAAACGCGGGCAGUUUGCCCAAGACCGCCGCCGAAGGAGGAGGAAUUUUGCCUCAGUUGGAGAGAAUUUUUCGUGUGAAUUUCUUUAAUUUCCUGCUCAAUUAUGGCUCUAUCACGCCUGUCUUGUUUCCGGUUAUCUGCAUCGCAGCAGAGACUGCCGGCGAUCGUGACGUGCGUGAGGAAUAUCUCAGCUGAUAACACGGACUUGCGGGCGAUCCUGGCUGAGAAGAUCCCGCGCGAGCAGGAGCGCGUGAAGAACUUCAGGAAGCAGUAUGGCGCCACGAAGAUGGGCGAAGUCACUGUGGACAUGAUGUACGGUGGCAUGCGUGGCAUCAAGGGGCUGGUGUGCGAGACGUCAGUGCUGGAUCCGGAUGAGGGCAUUCGCUUCCGCGGCCUGUCGAUUCCGGAGUGUCAGAAGGUGUUGCCGAAGGCCAAGGGCGGCAGCGAACCGUUGCCGGAGGGCCUCUUCUGGCUGCUCAUCACUGGCGACGUGCCAACGCAAGCGCAGGUGGACUCUCUAUCCAGGGAGUGGGCAAAUCGUGCCGCCCUGCCCUCGCACGUGGUCACGAUGCUGAACAACUUCCCCACAACUCUCCAUCCCAUGUCACAGCUGUCGUGCGCCGUGACUGCGCUCAAUUCCGAGAGCAAAUUCGCCAAGGCGUACUCUGAGGGUGUUCACAAGAGCAAAUACUGGGAGUAUGCGUAUGAGGACAGCAUGGACUUGAUUGCCAAGCUUCCUGUGGUGGCGGCGACAAUCUACAGGAACACCUACAAGGAUGGCAAGGGAAUUGGUGCCAUUGAUACGAAGAAGGAUUGGUCGGCGAACUUCACCAGCAUGCUGGGCUUCGACAAUGAGAUCUUCACCGAACUCAUGCGCCUGUACCUGACCAUUCACAGUGACCACGAAGGUGGCAACGUGUCCGCUCACACUGUGCAUCUCGUGGCUUCUGCUCUCAGUGAUCCGUACUUAUCCUUCGCCGCCGGUAUGAAUGGUCUGGCAGGACCUCUGCACGGUCUGGCCAAUCAGGAGGUGCUCGUGUGGCUGCAGAAGAUGCUGAAGGAGCUGGGCAGCGACUUGUCUGAGAACAACAUCAAAGACUUCAUCUGGAAGACACUCAAGUCUGGCCAGGUUGUGCCUGGCUAUGGCCACGCCGUGCUGAGGAAGACAGAUCCUCGCUACAUGGUGCAGAGGGAGUUCGCCCAGAAGCACUUGCCUGACUAUCCGCUGUUCAAGCUCGUCUCCACCAUCUUCACCACCGUGCCGCCGAUUCUCACUGAGCUCGGCAAGGUGAAGAACCCAUGGCCCAAUGUGGACGCCCACUCGGGUGUCCUGCUGCAAUACUAUGGGCUGAAGGAGAUGAACUACUACACCGUGCUCUUCGGCGUCUCGCGCGCUCUCGGCGUGCUCGCUUCGCUGGUCUGGGAUCGUGCCCUGGGACUGCCCAUCGAGCGCCCCAAGUCCUUCUCCACGGACGCCCUGAUGAAGGCCGUGGGCGCCGGCAAGUAAAGCCUUCUCUCCUCGCCAUUGCCAGAAUCACACAGAACACGCGACCCAGCAGGAGUGAAAGAGCUCCACAGGAGAGAUAUUUUGGGCAUUGAGGUAUUUCUUUUGCUAAUCAUUUUCUCCAUUUUACUAGUGAUUUUAUUCGAUAUUUCAAAAUACUUAGGGAUUUCUCAUGUUAGAAAAACCACUGAAAUCACUUAAAGAUCACUUAAUUUUAAAAUAAACGUUUUACAAAAGAAAUGAAAACCUUCCUCUUGACCUGUCUGUAGGGCCAAAAGGUGCGCCACAUCGAAAAUAAUGAUACAGUUUUAUUGAUUGAGAACAUUGAGAAGGUAGAAGAUAUAUAUAUAGUGAAUGAUAUUGAAAUUUAUUAUAAUUUUUUUUUGGAAAUUCGAUGUGAAAUUGUGCAAAUAUUGUGUUAUAUACAUAAACAAAAUCAGGAAUCAUACCAUGUUAAUUUAUUUAAGGGUUUAUGUGUAAAGAGAUAUUUAAAAAGAAAUGUGUGUGAGAAGAUAUGGAAAGAUGAAAAAAAUUUACCUGAAAUUUCUGCAGUCAUCCACCAAGAUUUUACCACCCACGCGAACGAUUUUCCUGGUUUUUUUGUAACGAAAUUUCACAGACCGAGCGUAAAGUAUUCACACAGCUAAUUUGUAGUGUUUAGAGAAGACAAUAAAGUGGUUCAAAAAGA